AUGGCCUCUCCUCAGCAGAUCCGUACUCCCAUCACCGAUCUUUUCAAGAUCAACCACCCCAUCUUCCUGGCCGGCAUGAACGUCGCUGCCGGCCCCAAGCUGGCUGCUGCUGUUACCAAUGCCGGCGGUCUCGGUGUGCUCGGUGGUAUCAACUACACUCCCGACAUGCUUCGCGACCAGAUCGACGAGCUCAAGUCCCACCUGAAGGACAAGAACGCUCCCUUUGGUGUCGAUCUCCUCCUUCCCCAGGUCGGUGGUAACGCCCGCAAGACCAACUACGACUACACCAAGGGCAAGCUUAACGAGCUUAUCGACAUCAUCAUCCAGUCCGGUGCCAAGCUCUUCGUUUCCGCCGUCGGUGUACCCCCCAAGCACGUCGUCGACAAGCUCCAUGCCCACGGCAUCGUCUACAUGAACAUGAUCGGCCACCCCAAGCACGUUAAGAAGUGCCUCGACCUCGGUGUUGACAUCAUCUGCGCACAGGGUGGUGAGGGCGGUGGUCACACCGGUGACAUUGCCACUACUGUCCUCAUCCCUGCCGUUGUCGAUGCUUGCAAGGGUGCCAUCUCUCCCCUCACCAAGAAGGAGGUUCUCGUCGUCGCUGCCGGUGGUAUCCACAGCGGUCCUCUUCUCGCCUCGGCCCUCAUGAUGGGCGCUUCCGCCGUCUGGGUUGGUACCCGCUUCGUUCUCUGCGAGGAGGCUGGUGCCUCCGAGGCCCACAAGGAGGCGGUCCGCACCGCCAGUUUCUCCGACACCAUCCGCACCCUCAUCUUCACCGGCCGUCCCCUCCGUGUCCGCAAGAACCCCUACAUUGAGAACUGGGAGACGGAGCGCGCCCAGGAAAUCAAGGAGCUUACCUCCAAGGGCAAGCUUCCCUAUGAGGCUGACCUCGACAAGCUCAUGUCCGGCGCUGCCGAUAUCCCCCAGGCCAUGAAGGAUGCCUACAAGGCCGACAGUGGUAGCGAGGAGGUUGAUGUCGAUGACCUCCUCGACCACUUCCAGCCCUUCCUCAUGGGCCAGUGCGCCGCCGUGUGCAACGAGAAGAAGAACGCCAAGCAGAUCGUUGACGAGUUCAUCAACGACGCUGUUGCCGUUAUUCGCAAGGGCAACUCCUUCAUCACUGUCCCAUCCAAGCUAUAA